UGUCUUGUAGUCCUGGUAUGUCUCGAACAAAGACCAGCCCCCUUUUUUUUCAUGAGGAUUUCUCGGCCGUCGUCGUUACUUUUACGUGUAAUCGCGAUUACUAAAUCGGAUUACGACCCCUAUAUAGUCUUUUAAGUCAUUUUAUCGGACAUAUAGGGUGUCUGAAAUGGAAGUGGAGCUAAAAGAAAGCUGUGGCGAGACUAAAUCGGCCAUGCAUACAUGGCGUUAUCGCCACCAUUUCACAUACAAGGCAGAUCAAGGGAAAAAUAUCAUCGUGCAAUGUAAUCUGUGUCUGCCGCGGGUAAACCUGCUGUCAACGUCAAAGACGUCAACGUCAAACCUCAAGAAGCACUUAGACAGAACACAUUUAGGAUGCGAGGCCAGGCCAGAUGCAAAAAGAGGAAGGAGGCGGGAUGACUACAACGGUGAAGAAAGUCGACACUGUCAACUCAAAAGGCUUAAAGCGGAGAUCAUUUCUAAAUCCAUGACCCAAGCAAAGGUUGAUCAGCUCAUCUUCAGCUACAUGGUGGAGGACUGUCAAUCAUUUCACGUACUGGAGCAGCCUGGCUUCCAGAAGCUGAUUGCUGGUUUAACAGAAGGUCUCAAGUCCAUGGAUAGGAUCACAUUGUUCACUAAAGUGGACUUGAGUUUCUCCAGAAUGCGCGAGGAGCUGAUGGUCAAGCUCGCCACCGUCCAAUAUGUGUGCACGACGGCGGAUGUGUGGAGUGCCAACAACGGCAGCUUCUUUGGCAUGACGUGCCACUGGAUCGACGGAGACUCGCUAGAGAGGAAGUCUGCGGCUCUGGGUUUUGCCAGGAUUCAGGGUAGGCUGACUUUCAACAGCAUCGCAGGGAGGAUACACAAUAUCCACUCUGCGUACAAUAUUGAAAGUAAAGUUCAAACCACCGUCACUGACAACGCCAGCCCGUUUGUCAACGUCUUCAAGGAGUUUGCAUUGGACGGCACGGAUAGCGACGAUGACAUUGGGAUGUUUGAUAACGUCAGUGCCAUCUUGGGAGGUGAGCCGGAGCAGGACAUGCUCCUGUUCCUGCCCACGGUGCAACGCUGUGCAUCACACACCCUGGAGCAGAUAGUCACUGAGGACUUUUGGCAGGCUGUGUCACAGGGACCCUUGUGCCAGCUUUAUUACAGCGCCAUGUCGAAGGUGUACUCCAUUUGGAGCAAGUGUCACCAUCUCCAAGUUGGCAUGGAAGCAGCAGAGGAGAUCAAGAAGAUGCCGUUGUUUGUCCCGGCUGUCAUGCGCUGGAAUGUGGAGUACUGCGCCCUGCAGAAGAUCGUCUUCCUCACGGAGCGCGAGCUGACGGAACUGUCUGCACGCUUGGAUGUUUCACGCCUGCAGCCUGAGGAGAUGGACUUUCUCAAAGAAUACGUCACCGUCUUUCAUCCGCUGGCGUUUGCGCUGGAGCUUUUCCAAGCAGAGCAGAAAUGCUACUUGGGCCUCGUCAUCCCGACCGUCCUGAGUCUGAAGAACAAGCUGAACGAGCACAAGGAUGCCGCAAAAUACUUAGGCGAUGUCAUCGUUGCUAUAGUGACGGCCAUUAGCGUGAGGUUCAGAGAGUUGUUUUCCAGUAGUGAGGCCAAGUUCGCCACGGCGACCACCCCUCAGUUCCGUCUGUGGUGGUUGGCUGCCUCCGAGAGGGAGGAGAUGUGCUCCCAGCUGGCCACAGAGGCGUCCCAGGUGGACCCCUGCGAUGUGACAGAGACAAACACACGCCGCAACGCGGUAACCAUCGAAUCAGAGGACGACUUUUUCAGCUACGGCUCGGUGAAGAACACAGCUCACAACCAAGAGCGGGGAGUUAUGGACGAGAUCCGCAAGUACGUGGAAGGAACGGGAAAGAGCUUGGAGUGCCUGCAAGACUUCCCAAGGGUGAAGAAGCUUUUCCUCAAGUACAACACCACGCUGCCGUCCACGGCGCCGGUCCAGAGCCUCUUCAGCCAGAAAGGCAACCUGGUCACCUUGCAGAGGAACUUUCUAACAGACGACUACUUUGAACGCAUCCAGCUGCUCAGAUACAACAGCAACUUGUUCUCUUUGCUCAAUGAGUGACGAAUACUACUGAACCUUUUCUCUACCACUGUUCCAUCAUUGACAAUCAAUUUAACCAUCACUAAAGCCCCCCGUGGUGUAGUGGUUAGCGUUCUGGACUUCGAAGCGGAUGCCUCGGGUUUGAAUCUCCACUAGUAAGCAUCAUUGGUAUUCGUAUCUGGAAUUUAAAGGGCUCAAGCCAAAAAUCAGUAUGCGGAUCAUAUCAUCAUGUCAUCAUGCGUUCUUUAAUACAUGACAAAAGAGCCUUUAUGUGCACUUUGUUUUACUCAUUUGGGUAAAAUAAGAUUAUUUAUUCUCAAACUGUGGUAGGGGUACCAUUGGAGGUACGGAAGAAGUGUUAUUUUUAAAUACAACUAUAUUGGAAAUCUAUACUUGGAAUGUGCGUCUAUCCACUGGAUUCGAUUUUAAAAAAAGUUCCUUUAUUGAAUUCUGAAUUCUAAAUAAGUGCUGGUUGUAUUCAACACCCACUAUUCUUUUUGGUUUUCUGCUACUAGCUCUCAGUGUAUCAAUCAAAACGUCCCAGUUCCAAAAUCUUGAUCCCAAGUGGUUAUUUUAUUGAUUUCCGAAAAAACACCAGUACAAAGUAUUACUCUGAUAAAUCGUAAUACUGUGGGACCACACACAAACAUCAGAGGCACAAAGUGGGUGAAAGGUGUGAGCACACCCUUGUCUUCACAGUCCUCUCGUGCUUCGACCCUCUGAGUAUCGUAAGUGUACAAAAGCAGCGUGGCAGAAGGCAAUGCCGUAUUGUCAGUAAAGAGGGAAGCACAAGAAGGUGUUCCUGACACGGCUGGCGGAUUUUCAUAUCAUGAUGCCCUUCUCUCACUUUGCUAUCCUAGCCCACUGGGGUCACUGCAGGAGUACCUUAGCGGCGCCGAAGUGGCCCAGGUUCUCGCAGGACUUCAGCCAGCGUUGGAUGUUUGCCGGGGCGGAGGGAGCGGAGCCGCUGUUCAGCACGCAGCAGUAGCAGGCCAUGUCCGCCAGGGAGACUUCCUGCCCGGCCAGCCAGGGGCUGCGGCCCAGGGCGGAGUUGAGGGCGCGCAGGACGGCGGCUCGCUCCUUGGCGCUGCCCUCUGCCAUCUGGAAGAAGGCCAUGUCCACCCAGCUGUCCACCAGCGUGGCAAGCGCCGGGUCGGCCGGGUAAGGAGCGAGCAGCUUGAAAAGGAAUCGCGCUAUAUUGGCCUCGCCCUCGAUGGGACACAUGUUCUGGACGCUGAACUUCAUCUGCACUUUGGGCACUGUGGAGGAGAAACGUGAAAACAUUUUACAUGGUGGAAAAUACACAAGAGUGGGUUUUUAAAUUUGAUUUUAAUGUAAUAUUUUCCUAAAAUAUCACUUUGAUUUAUGUAUAUUAUAUUUUUAUAUCACAUUUUGUCCAUAGUCAACACAAUGAAAGUAGUUUUUAUCAAUAAGUAGAUGUAAAUCUUUGUGGUAAACGAUUCGAUACACAAUUAGAUACAAUGGUUAGGAUACAUUCAUUCAUUUUCUACCGAGGGAUGCUGGAGCCUAUCCCAGCUGUCUUCGGCGAGAGGCGGGGUACACCCUGGACUGGUCGCCAGCCAAUCACAGGGCACAUAUAGACAAACAACCAUUCACACUCACAUUCAUACCUAUGGACAAUUUGGAGUCGCCAAUUAACCCAGCAUGUUUUUGGAAUGUGGGAGGAAGCCCGCAUGCACGGGGAGAACAUGCAAACUCCGCACAGAGAUGGCCGAGGGUGGAAUUGAACUCAGCUCUCCUAGUUGUGAGGCCUUAGCGCGACUCGAUGACUCUAUACAAUAUUUUUAAAAACAACAAAUCGAUACGAUUCAACAGCUACAUUAGUUGAUGUAGAUAUAAAUCUUACUUUAUAGAGCAGUCAAUUCUAUAAAAAUGACAUUCUUACAGUAUUUUCAAACGUAAAAGAGCAUGUUUGUAAAAAAAUACAUAUAUAAUACCAACUAGUAAAUAUCUGCGCCCCCUGCUGGAUACGGCCAAGCACUGUCAUAUCUUAAAACUGUGCCUUACCGUCUUUCCAUAUGAGGGUGAAGCCCAGCUGGAAGAGGUGACGGGCGUAGCUGUCCGGAUGACGCGGGCCGAGGCAGGACAGGAGCUGUGGUGGCACGCAGCUGACCGAAGAGUGGACGUGGAUGGUGGAGAGCACACGGUAACGCUGACAUAGCAGGUUAUGCAGAACCAAGAGGGUCAGUGGGGGCUGCUGUGGGUUGGCGUUGAUGACGAUGUCACGGAGAGCACCGAGGUCCUUGUGAUGCACCAAAGAGAGAAAAAAUAAACGUAACUACAUUGUAUACUGGUAUAGUAUAUAAAAUACAGAUUUAUUUCAAUAGAGGGGUUACCGAUUAUUUAUAGGAAUUGUUUUCAUACAUUCUUACCGAAAUUAUUCCAAAAAGAGGAAAUACUAAUUAAAAUC